AUGGUUCUGAUGGAAGUUAUCUGUGGCAAGCUUGCUUUGGACAACACUCGUCCAACAGAGCAUCUUAAUCUGACAAGAUGGGCAUCAAGCUGCCAAGAAAAGGGCACCUUUCAUGAGAUUAUAGACCCAUAUUUGAACGGGAAAGUGAACUUAGAUUCUCUAAACAAGGUAUGUGAAUUGGCUUGGAAGUGCUUGGAGGAGAGAUGCAUAAAUAGACAACCAAUAGGGUAUGUGCUGUGUGAGCUUCAAGAUGCUCUCCACAUUGAGUUGGCUUCACCGAUUCAGCGAGUUUCUGUGGAUUGUGCCAUCAAAAAUGGAAUGAAGGAUGAAAAGUACAUGAACAAAGUACAUGACUUGGCCUGGAAGUGCUCAGAGAAGAUUCGCAUAAACAGACCACCAACGGGGUAUGAACUGUGUGAGGUCGAAGACGCUUUCCAACUUGAGUUGGCUUCAUGA